UGGAGUACUUUCAAAUUGGCCCCACGACUGCCGCCUCCACUUGCAUGGACUUCGAACUAUAGGAAGGGUUUUUCGACGAUAUCAACGGCCACUUGCGAUCCAAACCUUAUCCGGAACGUCGCGAUUAUUGCACAUAUUGACCAUGGCAAAACCACAAUUUGCGAUCGACUGAUGGGCAGUAGCGCCGUGACAGUGGAUCGAGUCAUGGACAGUAUGUCUUUGGAAAAGCAACGCGGGAUUACGAUUAUGAGCAAGUACACGCGAGUUGAUUUCGAAGGUCACGUACUGAAUGUGGUGGACACCCCUGGCCACGCUGAUUUUGGUGGGGAGGUAGAGCGCGUUCUGGGCAUGUGCAGCGGCUGUUGCUUGAUAGUAUGCGGAACUGAGGGGCCCAUGGCUCAGAGCAAAUACGUCUUGUCUAAAGCUAUUGAGCAGAAUCUCAAGCCCAUCGUGGUCAUCAAUAAAGUCGAUCGUGAAGGAAGCCGGCCACACGAGGUGGAGAGCGAGGUCCUUGAUUUGUUCAUCUCGCUGGGAGCCCCUGACGAGCUUCUCGACUACCCCGUCCUAUUCGCCAGCGCGCGGGAGGGAUGGGCGGUGCAAGAUAUGGACGACACGGACCACUCGCGAGGCAUGGCCCCACUGCUUGAAGCGAUCGUCGCGACCGUACCUCCGCCCUGUGCCCCGGAGGCCCUCUCGGAGCCCUUCAGGUUUGCGGUGAACAGCCUGCAGACAGACAGCUACGUGGGUCGUGUCUGCCUAGGCAAGGUACACACGGGCCAGGUCAAGGUUGGCGACUCGAUCAAGGCGCUCUCCAGGGAGGAUGACGGCGGGGUCCUGCAAGAGGGCAAGGUAACCAAGAUAUUCUGCCAGCGCGGCAUGGAGAAGCUGGCAGUGGAUGCAGCAUAUGCCGGAGACAUCCUGUGGCUGGCGGGGGUGGAGGCCAAUGUUGCCGACACCAUAGCGGCCCCAGAAGUGGUCGUCCCACUGCAGACGCAGAAGAUGGACCCGCCCACGUUGGCCAUUACGUUCUCCGCCAAUGACUCCCCUCUGGCUGGGCAGGAGGGGAAGUAUGUCACGGGCUCUCAAGUGAUCGGCCGCCUUCAUAAGGAGGUAGAGAACAACGUCUCGAUCACUCUUGUCCCGUCGUCAGAGCCCGAGUCCAUCGAGGUGCACGGGCGGGGGGAACUGCAGCUGGGGAUUAUUAUCGAAACAAUGCGUCGAGAAGGAUUCGAGCUUUGCGUGUCGCCCCCUAAAGUACUGACCAAAGUAUGUCCGAGCACGGGCAAAACGUUGGAGCCUGUGGAGGAGGUUACGGUCGAUGUGGAUCAGGAGCUUAGUGGUAUCGUGGUGGAGAAGCUAAGCGCACGGAAGGGACACCUGGUGCAUUUCGGGGAGCAUAGGGGAAAGUCUCGCUUAGUUUUCCAUGUACCAUCGCGUGGAUUGCUGGGGUUCAUGAAUGAGAUCAAGACGGACACGCGAGGCUCGGCUGUAGUCACUCGGCUCUUUUUGGAGCACAAGGCCUCGGUGGGGCAGAUUGAUGCCUUGUUCAAAGGUAAGCUGAUAAGCAUGGAGCGUGGGGCUGCCACAGCGUAUGCGCUCAAUAUGCUUGAGGAAAGAGGGGUGUUGUUCGUGCAGCCGGGGGAAGAAGUUUAUCCGGGCAUGAUCAUUGGCGAACACAACCGAGCGGUGGACCUGGACGUAAACCCGACCAAGGGGAAAAAAUUGAGCAAUGUUCGCAGUGUCAGUGCUGAUGAGGCGAUUCGACUGACACCGCCUAUUGUUAGAGUUUUGGAGGAAUAUCUCGCUUACAUGAAUGAGGAUGAGAAGUUGGAGGUCACGCCCAGCAAACUGCGCCUUCGAAAGCGUGAGCUGGACCCAAAUGUGCGCGCUCGAAAGGGAAAAGGUGCCGGUAAAAAGUAAAAGUUUUGAUACGCGACAGGAAUGUAGAGAUUACACGAGCAAUAAAAAUAUUGACGCGUAAGGUGAUAGCGAUUUUUUAAUUUUUGCCUUAAUUUUCCUCCCAAAGAAAGGACUUAUUCUUGCGCAACGACCUUGAUGCCAGUUCUUUCCAUAUGUUGGUCGCGAGGAGCUUGCAAGUUGAUCUACUU